AUGGCUUCUGUUAAUGGGGUUUUAAGCCCCCCACCACAACAAGCCGAAGCCGAAACCUUGUCUCCUAACAACGAGGCCAUUCUACUCUCAGCAAAGCGAAAGCGCGACGAGAGCAUCGAAGCUCAAAACAAUGUAAACAGCGUUAGUGACUCAAAGGACAUCGGCCAAAUGGCCCUAUCCAUCGAAGAAUCGCAAUCUCUUGUUCGAGACUUGGUAGAUGUGCUAAAAGCACACGAUAUUGUCCCAUCGAUUUUAUCCCAACCACUUCCCCGUCGCGAAUCUUCUGAGCCUCAAGCCAAGCGGCACAAAGCUGAAGAUGGCUCUGAAAUGCAAUCUUCAAGUUCCAUCCUCACACUUGUCUCAUCGAAUGUCUAUACCGGUCUUGACGAUGUCCUGAAGGAUAUUGAUAUUGCAGUAUCUGCUGUCAAGGAGAAGCUGCAAAUGCCAAAUGAUGUUGCACACGAUGAACAAUCGCAGUCCGAGCUUUCGACGAAGGCUUCCGCGUUCAAAAAAAGAGCCCAUGAGUUAGUUGCUAGAGAAGAAGCGUUUUCUGCUGCUUCCAGAGUGAACGGUGCCGCAUUUUCCUCGAAUGCUAGUCUGGGUGUGAAAGCAAGCACGGAGAUCAAUGUUGGGCCUACAAAUACCAAGACGGUCUUGACUCUUUAUGGGAAUGCGCCAGGACCGAAACAAUUAUUUUCCAGUUUCCAGGCGGAAGAUGCUAAUGGAGAGAAGAGUGAACUAGUACAGACUCUCCGUCGAGCGCCGCUUCCCGCCGGCAUCUCAACAACAGACAUUGUCUCUAUACCAUUCAAUAAUUUAGUAGAGGACAGCAAGCGUAAUACACUUGGCGAUGCCUUUCCAACGCCACCGAAUGUGCCCUCAUUACAACCUCCUAAGCCAUCUAAAGUUGCGAACACUCGAUCAUCGACAGUCGGCUGGUACCAACCCGCUGCAGCAGACCCACAGCGGAGAACAGGAACCUAUUUCACACAAAAUAUUACCCCUGGUGUCUGGCUUGACUACAGCAACGCGUCUUCCCCACCACAAAGUGGCAAGAAGAAGCAACGAGAUCGAGCUAUGAGUCUUGGGGGUGCGAAAGCUCCACAACUGGAUGUUGAGCCGGCAGAGUCCGAGGCUGCAAAGCUAGACGCUGUUUUCCGAAGUGUCUACUCCGGAUUUGCCCCUACGAAGGAUGAUUCUGCGGCAGUGGCACCAACAGGCGUAAUCGAUAGAAUCUGGUGGCAGCAAGUAGGACAAAGGAAUUACGAGCGACUGAUCGAAAAUGAGGCAAAUAUUGAUUCAGUCACGGGAACAGAAUCGAAGGCUAGGCCCCUUGUUGAAGAAGACGAGGAGUUGAAGGAGUUCGAAAAGUUGGCCGAGACUUGGGAAAGCGAUAUUGUGGAUCCAACACUACUUCCUGUAGAGGCUCGUUAUGAGAAAUCUUUUGAGGAGAAGAGCGUCGAUGAAAUUCUUGAGGGUAUUUCCGAAUUACUGGAGACUUUAUCUUCCUUUCAACGAAAGCGACACAUGUCCUUGAAUCCGUCAAAUCGUCCAGCAGGCCUUCUCUCUGCUCCCGACACUUCGACGCUUGGGACACCUACGAAACCUACCGAUUCAGAACAGAACACCUACGAGAUCAUCAGGGCUCAGUUGAAAAUGAUGAUCCAAAGUCUGCCUCCCUAUGCUGUGGCUAAACUUAAUGGCGACCAAUUGGCAGAUCUAAACAUCAGCACUAAGAUUGAGGUCUAUUUGGAUGAUUACAGGGGCGUCUUGGAGGAGGAUGAACAAGGAAGGGCCAAAGCUCCGGCCACUUCGGUGACUGCACCUCGGCCGUCGACUUCGUCUCUUCAUCGUGGCAGUCCUUCCGCUUUGUACGGCAACCAAUAUUCUGCGUCUCGACCUCCAGCUGCUGCUACUCACCAGUAUUAUGGCGGCGGCACAUCGACACCAGUCCGAGCACCACCAACUUUGCCAAGAGCACCCUCUACUGGGCAAGUACCUUACCAGGCUCCGCGACCAACCGCACCCGCGGCCUAUCGACCGCAAGGAUAUGGGACGCCUAGUUUCCAGCAACCGGCUCCUCGGCCUGUUCAACAUCAAUAUCCGCAGACGAACGGUGCUCAAUAUAUGACUCCCAAUGCACAACCGUAUAUGCGUCCAGCUGCCCAGGGCUACCAAGGUGUUCCUCAAAGUGCACCACCUGCAUCGAUGAAUGGUCGAUACCCAUCUCAGCCGACAUAUCCACAUCAAGCCCAAGCCCAAGGCCAAAAUGGGUUGGACUAUCACCGUUUCGCCAAUGGUUCCCAGAUUCCCCGUCAGAACUCGCCCCCCAACCAAAUGUUCGCUCAAAAUUCCCAAACAAAUCACGCACAAGCUCAUCCAGCUUAUUCGGGGCAUUCGACGCCUACGCCUGGCAUAGCUCAAAACCGGCAAUCGUAUCUCCAAAACCAAGUUAGCAAUGGGAGCACCCCGCAGGCGACCCCAGCCCAGUAUAGCCAGCCCCGCCAAACAACUGGGUAUAGCACAUUCAUGAGUCAAGAACAGCAGCAAUUGAUGCUGGAACGUCAACGAGCGCAAUUGGCAAAUCAACAGCAAGCGAGGCAUGCGGCCCAGGCUGCGCAGACAGUAAUCAAUAAUGGUUCUGAUGCUCGUUCUCCAUCAACUCCCACGCCACAAAUCAACGGUAGCAGUGCGGUCGCGGCAGGUCUUUAA